AUGGAAGGGGGAGAUAUCGGUGACUGGGAGAUGCUCCACGACUCGGACCCUCCCCUGGUCAACUCAGAUGACUCGGUUGAAAGCCCUAGUAACUUCGAAGGAAUUGAUGUUGACGCCGAGGGUAUGAUCAGGCCUGAUUACUUCUCUUUGGAUAAUCAGGGCAAGUAUGGGUAUGCUAAGGAUGUGGCUGAUGUCAGCGAAGAGGGUUCGGUUGAGUCCGACAACCCGAGCUGGAUUGACCCGGGUCCGGUGACUCGCUACGGGGCAAAAGAACCGGGUGGGUUCUGGUCCGAUUCGGGCAGUGAUCGGUCCGAUGACCGUAAAAGCAAUUAUCUUGAGGUGAAAAACGAAUUGGGUUUUGCGGGUAAUGACAAAAGCCAAGUUGGUUUUGGAGGGAUUGUAGAAAUGGAGUAUACCGAUGAGAAAUUGGGAAAAUUCGGGUCUGACGAGGGCAAACUUAGUGGGUUGGAUGUGGAAGGCCAACUGAGCUUUGAAGAAAUUGGGGAAAACACAAGGGUUGAGAAGGAAAGUGAGAUGGGUUUUAGUGGAUUGGAUGGUGGAAAUGACAUGGAUAAGAAACCAGAAGAUGGACAAUCAGUUGGGAGUCAAAGUGCCGCACCUGAAGUGAAACCUGAGGCAAAAUCGGGUGCCGAGGUGGUGAAGAGGACAAUCUUGUGGUGGAAGGUUCCAUUUGAGGUCUUGAAGUAUUGUGUUUUUAGGGUAAGCCCUGUUUGGUCCUUUUCUGUGGCCGCAGCAGUGAUGGGGUUAGUUAUCUUGGGGCGGCGAUUGUAUAAGAUGAAGAGAAAGAGCCAGACCUUGCAGCUCAAGGUUACUCUGGAUGAUAAGGGUGUGAAAGUAGGACUAAUUAGUGUAUAUUAUAAGGCUUUUUUGUACUUCAGUUUUCUUUUGGUGUGA